CCCCUUUCUAGCGCUAGAUGGCGGUAAAACUGCUGGGCUUCUUCGUUGGUGGUGGAAGAUGGAUGAAGGGACGUGCGUGAACAGCAGCUCCUGGGCCCUCGAAUAUGUAUGAAAACAAUAACCGUUUGGAAGAACUCUGAAGAUAUAGACCCUUGAAGUUACUUCCCUUGAUAUAUCCCUGAACAUUCACCAGGUCACGUCAGAAUCCGUCACACACAUGAGUGCGGUUUUCUCCUGGAGCUGGGCCCAGCGCCAUGCCUGACCGGGACAGUUCCUACCUGUCAGGUAGUGGUGGUAGUGGAGGCAAUUUGAUAGAGGAGGGAGGACAGCCGUCUGGUUUGACUGGCUGUUCGGCAGAGGGCAGGGGAAGUACAGGUGGAGGUGGUAGCAGCUCUGGUGCUGUGGGCAUGGGGGGUGGAGGGGCACUAGGGAAUGGCAACAGUUGUGGCAACGGAGGUGGAGGGCAGAACGCAGGACAAGCACUGGAUGGUGUCUGCAGGGACUUCAUACGCAAUGUUUGUAAAAGAGGGAAACGCUGCCGUUUCAAGCACCCAUACUUCAAUGAGGUGCCGGAUUUAGGGGUGCAAAAAAACGAAUUCAUUUUCUGCCAUGAUCAUCAGAACAAAGAAUGCACUAGAGCUAACUGCCGUUUUGUGCAUGGAUCUAAGGAGGAUGAGGACUAUUACAAGAAAACUGGAGAGCUGCCACUCAGGCUGAGGGGGAAGGUUGCAGCACGACUUGGUCUCUCCCCUAUGGAUCUUCCCCACAGCCGUGGAGAAGUCCCCAUCUGCAGAGAUUUCUUAAAAGGCGAAUGUGUCAGGGGCCACAAGUGUAAAUUUCGCCACGUCCAAAAAGAUUUUGAAUAUGACCCCUCGAGGGGCGGUGUGGGAAGUGUUAUUGGGACCAAUAAUAGUGGGAUAAUUAAUGCAGGUGGAGGGAUGGGAGGUGGUGGGGGCACAUGUGGAGGAAUGCCAGGACUCGUUGGAGGUGGAGGUGGAAAUAAUAUGAUGGGUAUGGGCUGUCCAAGUUUGGGCGGCUGUCGAGAUCCCAUCAUCUCAGGGGUUGGUGGAGUAGGACCUGGAGGGAUGGGUGGGUGUCUCUCCAUUGGGACUUCAGGCCAGCGUCGAUAUGACAGGAGUUCAUGUUCAGUAUAUGAUCCCCUGUUGGAGAGUGGACUCUUUGACGCUGGCUCGCUGGAGGCCUCCGUGGACUUGCAGAUCAAGAGACGUCGAUUGGAAGGGUUGCGUCUGGCUGACGGAAGUGGAGCCGGGCACUAUGAGCUCGGCGUCCAGCCCACAUUGGUCCCUCGUCCUCUUGAGUACAGACUACUGGAAGAGGAAAAUUCUCUGCUUCGGAAACGCGUGGAAGAGUUGAAAAAACAGGUUUCAAAUCUGCUUGCGACCAACGAGGUUCUUCUGGAGCAGAACGCCCAGUUCCGCAGCCAAGCCAAAGUGAUGACGCUGUCCUCCACGCCUGCACCUACUGAGCAGACUCUGGCGCCCCCGGUGGGGGCCGUCAGUUCCUACAACCACAGCAUUGCACAGACUCACACCACUUUGAGCAGUGCAGGACUGCAGCCUCGCCCAGUUACUCAGCAGGAUCUUGUAGCCCCCACAGGAGCCCCUGCUGCACCCCCUACUAAUGCAGCGCCACCCACUGCACCCCCGCCUCACCUCAACCCCGAGAUCACCCCCCUCUCAGCUGCACUGGCACAGACUAUAGCUCAAGGCAUGGCACCUCCCGUGUCAAUGGCACCUGUGGCGGUUUCCGUGGCACCAGUGGCUGUGUCAAUGACACAACCCCUGCCUGGCAUCACUAUGAGUCACGCCACCACGCCCAUGGUAUCGUACCCCAUUGCCAGUCAGAGUAUGAGGAUCACCACCUUGCCACAUUAACUAUCAAGGCUGCAACAACCUGAAGAUUUUAUGUUCACAUUUGAUAAGAUGUUUGAUCACACGCUUGCCCCCUGCAGAGCAAGAUAGACUGUGAAGACUGUUCUGUGGCAUCUGAAAAUGUUUCUGCCAAGUGACGUAUUAAAAGAAACAUUGUCUUUCCAAGAGUUUAAUUCUUUUUUAGCUCUACCUAGAACAAUUUUUAUAUAUAUCCUACUGGGGAAAUAAACGUUUUAUGAGUAUUUCUACCUGUCUGGGACA